CCGUACUGCGGUCCGGUGUCAUAGACAACACCAUUGAUCUCCGUGCGGGACGCCGUUAAGAGCAGAUGGAGACACUUCAAACGGCCAUCGCGAGCAGAGAGGACACCGGAUCGUUCAAAAAGCCGCUGGAACACAAGAAAGAGCAUUGCAACGGUGGCGAACACAACGAAACAAAUUAUGUAGACUUGGGCAAUCCGGUGGACAUGAAGACGGAUAGCACAAAAACGGUAAAAGUCACUUUCACAGGCGAAGGAAACCAACUGGCCAUAUUUAAAUGUAAAGGCGACACGUCCGUCUCCGGGAUUAAGAGUCCUGGAGAGCGAGUAGGGAACGAAAAUGCUAAUAAAAGUCCAUCAAACGAGAGUACUGCGGAUAACGUCGGAAUUGAAAAGUGCUAUUCUGAGAGACUUCAUGGAGAGCGCGAACGCAAUAUAAAUGUUCCUUCCGAGGAUGACUUGCCAGGAGAUGAGGUUAAUAAUAAGGAUGCGGAAACGAAUGCAAAACUCGAAAAUACCAAAUAUGAAACGGAGGAGUUACAGUACACUGACAUGUACUUGAACAGCCGCUGCGAAUCAAAAGAUGGCACGAGCGCAGCGGACGCAGAGUCCCGCUACAUAACAACGCACGAGAUUCAGCUAACGGAGUUGGAUCACGAUGUGGAUUAUGAGUUUGGCCGCGGAUCCUGCUGGGAUUUCGAGGAUGAUAAUCUGGUAUAUUCAUUUGUUGAUUACGCGUCAUUUGACAGCGACGAGACAACGCUUGGAAGAAUUCAAAGCAAGUCAAAGAGCAAUAAGGUUCAGCACACUUUACGCGCAGCGAAGUUCUCCGACACUGGUGCGCUGGUCAGCACCGAGAGUGAACUUUACGAAUCCGACAAAUGUGCCAGCUCGGAUGAGGGCGCGAGUAAGAUCCAACACGACCGCAGAAAUUCGGCAGGACAUAUUCAGCUGUCAAUUAAAACGUCCUCGCGGGCCAUCAACGACAAUGCCGCUGUUUUAGAAGAGAAGAAUGUCCGCUUUCACACCAGACGCGCGGGUGAGCUGGGUCAUUAUUCGUUCAGAAGCUCUGACUCCAAAAGCGAGACCCUUUAUGACCGCUACUUCAUCCCACCUCCAGGUCGCCAACACCUAGCGAGCAAACAGAGAGGUAAAGACAUUAACGAAUAUUCCAGUGGCGCGUCCAGUUCCGUUAGUGAACUGGAUGACGCCGAUAAAGAGGUGCGCAAUCUCACCGCCCGGUCCUUCAGGAGUCUGGCGUGUCCAUACUUUGAUGCAAUAAAUUUGAGCAGCUCGAGUGAGUCCUCAAUGUCAGAACACGGACUGAGUAUUAACAAAUGGUCCGCUUUCGUCGACUUGAAUUACAGCAACAUGACACAGGGACGCGAGGAGAACAAGCUGGCGCGCAUGAACUCUACGCCUCUUUUGGAGGGGAAUAAAAGCGCCGAGUGUAAAAACAUGAAAGAUUUGGGUCAUACUAAUACGCUACACCCACAAACAAAAAUAUUGUCGCUGAAAAAUAACUUGAACUCUCAACAGAUAUCCCCUGGGUCGUCUAAGAAAAUAGAGAUACUAAGCAAACCAGGUGUCAGUGAAACCUUAACACUAACUGAAACCUUGAAUUUCAGCUGCAAUGUCGGAGCAGGCAUACCUGCGCGCGAGAGGCGCGCAAAACGCGCACUGAAUGCCAUAAGGUCACGUUCCACACCUGACGUCAUGGGCAGCGUGCCAAGCAAGUCGGGAUGUGAAGCAGAAAAUCAGCUCCGUGAAACGGCUGACACCUUGGAAGAUUCCCACAAGAAAGCCAUCUUUGCCUCUAGUCUUUUGAAAAACGUAAUCUCCAAGAAAAUGCAGUUUGAGCAAGAACGUAAAAUGGAAAGAGAAUUACGCGCACCAUUGUGCGCUCUAUCUAAGGAUCAUGCAGCAAAGAAAGAAAAAGAGAUUGUGCAAAGACAGACAUCAGAAACCCCAGAAGACCUCAGAGAUGACCAGUCACAAGAUAAUCAAUGUUCCCAGAGUGCUGAGUCUCCCUGUGACCCAGGCGACGCCCUAAAAACUCCCCUGACCCCUAGUGAAAAGAGUGCUUUCAAAACCUGGAGAGAUGGGGAGGAAGAAUCUAAAGUUAACGGUGAUGGAGAAUGUAAGUGCGCACUGGAUGAGACCCCGCCAAACACCUCAAUUACACCCGUGAUGGAAAGCAGUGAAUGUGCUGACGGCGAGAAUAGUAAGGUGAUUAAGAUGUCUCACUUGUAUGUCCCUAGCUCGCAAUUUAUGCCUAAUGAAAAGGAAGCGGCCGGGAUUUCAUUACAUAAUCUGAAAGUGACUGGAGAUCUUGACGGGGGAGGGUGCGGACAACUAAACUCAGGCCAGCUUCAGUGCUCUGUGGACAAAUAUAAAACCUCACAGUGUCAAAAAGCGCCCGAAAUCAAAAUACGCCUUCGAAGUGUCAAAGAAAACCAAAGCAAUCAGUUUAACAUCGCCAACCUUUUAACUCCAAAAAUACAUUGCAACGUCAGCCCCAAAAAGGUGACAAACGCGUCUAAAAGCCUAACCAUAUCUGACAAAGUACCGCAUUUCAUGGUUAGGGAUAUCAGAGAUAGUAAAUGUAAGUUUCAGACUCCUAUUCACCAGGUUCGAGAUGUGCGUAAAUUGGUUAAAAGCUCAUACCCGGUUGUUGCGCUGGAAAACCCCACGACAGAAGCGUUACGCGAGGGGAGCAAACCUUUAAAAGGGGGACCGCUUCCUACACCAAUAGUCAUAAAAUGUCAGUCUGUGAACACAAACAGUGCCACAAAACCCAGUGAGCCUGUAAAUCUCCCCUCUAAACGCGAGGAGGGCGACAUUUUGACAUCGGAAUGUGCUUUUAAAAGAGUCCCGUGCGCAAAGCAGACUUUGGCUGAACAGCCAGAGUUUAGCUUAAAAAUAGAUGCCAAAACGGCAAAACAAAAAGCGGAAAAAGUAGUAGACGCCAGCGAGAAGAAACCGGAAUCUAAAGUUAAAAAUCAAAUAGCGCUUGAAAAGUUAAAGGCAGCUGUGAAAACCAUGGAACAGCUGUACGUUUUUGAUAGGAAUGAAUGGAAGCGCAAAACGCAAGCGCCGCGACCAAUAACGGACAGUCACGUCCUGUCCCUAAUCACGCGAGAGGAGCAAGGAGUGGCGACCAAAACGGACUUUGAUAACGAAUAUGGAAAAACUGACAAUGAGAAACUCUCUGGCUCUACCACAGCCUCUUAUGCGGGUGUGGUGAUGGAUGAGGAUAAAGUGUGUAUUCCAGCAGCUAAAUUUGUAGCCCAAAGGGCAGAUUCUUUCAAUAACAAGUGGGUGUUUAGUCUGGGCAGUAUCCCAAAAGCACCUACCCAUAUAAACACAGUGAAUGAACAUGCUCAACAAAUGUUUUCUAGCAAGGACCAUUCUUUUAAAUCCCAUAAAGUGCCUUUGUCACUGAAAAUCUGUCCUCCUAAAGUAAAAAGUGAAGACACGGAUAAAGAUAGGAAUUCAAUUUCAGAGCACCAGCAGCCUCCGCACUCAGACACUGACGAUUACCUAACCAUCCCUGUUAAAACUCAAGCUUUUGAUUCCAAACUUACAUGUCACCCAAAACCUCCAAUUCAGCCUUUGCAACGUUCACCAAUCGUAAUGGAGUCUUGGUCCCCAGAGAGUCAGGCGGCCACGAUAUAUCACCACGCCAUGCCCGCUGUACCUGCCGCCCAACCCCAGGUACUCUGCCUCACACCCCCUGCAGAACCCACACCCGCCCACAUUCAGCGUAAGCUGCUUCUGGACCCCACCACGGGCCAGUAUUACUUAGUGGACACCCCUGUGCUAUUGCAACCAGCCACCCAGCGGUUUUACCAUCCAGAGAGUGGUCAGUACUUGGACAUUCCUUUAUCAGUCCCAUCAGUGCCCAUAUCCAUCUCCCCGAUUACCCUCAGUCCUGCGGCAGUUUAUCCACCCACCUACCUGGUCUAUCCCCCAACCUUUCUGCCACCACACCCAAAUCCCCAGUCUAACUCUUCCACCUUCUCAGAGGGCGAGGACACGGUCGAGACAGGCAGCAUGUAUCUGAUACCACCAGGCCCGUCAGCAACCAACGGCACCAAACCUGUCAUUAGUAUUACAUCACAGCAAGGUGCCCGUAUAGUUGCCCCUCCCUCCUUUGAUGGGACAACCAUGAGCUUUGUGGUGGAGCAUAGAUAACUGAAUGAUGGUCUGUGUUACAGUAUGUAGGACUGUGUCCUUUUCCCUUCCACUUCAUCAGAAAUUCCUCUCACUUUUCAGUUUCCCACUCUUGUCUUCAUCAAUUCCUACCUGCUAUUGUAUCCUGAUCUGUGGCUUUUGCAACGUUUCCACUGAAGACGAAUAACUGUAAUUGAAGCCGUUUUACAAACUUUUUCAAAGAACAUUUGCUUUUAAUGUAUUAGGCUUUAGUCUGUAGACAUUAUGAGACAACUGUUUUUGCUGAAACACUGCAUAAUUAAGGGAAAUUAUGUUCAUUAUAUAUUUCAUUUUGUAUAUAGUGUUUUUAUUCUUGCAUUUUAAGCUAUUGUUAUAAUUAUACAGUACAUGGAUUGGAAAAUGGGCAAUUCUGUACAGUGUCAAUGUGCAAUGAUUAUCAUAGUCAUAAUCAUAUUAUUAUAAUGGAAUUUAGGAAGUAAUUCAGAAUUGUUGCUGAAUAUUCAUGCUGCAGAUUACCUCAGUUUGUAGUGCUGGCAUGCUGCUAUCUCAUGGUAUACUCCCCCCACCCCAUCCCCCAUCUGUCCUCACUUUCAUUUUUUUCUAUUUGUCUUUUUUGUUACAUUUAUUAUACAAUAAAGGUAUAUGGAUCUGCAGGCCAAUCUAUGUACCAC